ACCAUAGGGUAGGAGGGGUACAACUCCACACAAUUCCCACCACCCAAUCUCCAUAUCCCACCCCCUCCCCUGAUAGCUUUCCCAUUCUCUGUCCCUCUGGGAGCAUGGACCCAGGGUCAUUGAGGGUUGCAGAAGGUAGAAGGUCUGGCUUCUGUCAUUGCUUCCCCGCUGAACAUGGGCGUUGACUGGUCGGUCCAUACUCCCAGUCUGCCUCUCUCUUUCCCUAGUAGGGUGGGUCUCUGGGGAAGCUGAGCUCCAGGACACAUUGGUGGGGUCUUCAAUCCAGGGAAGCCUGGCAAUAAUGACUUUUUUAAAGUGAGUAUCCAGGCAGUUUUCUGAGCAGGUACAUGAGUUUCUGCAUGAUAGUGGGAUUCUGUGCAUUCGCUCACCAGUACACACUUGGCACCGUUUUUUUUUUUUUAUUGUUUUAUUAUUUCUUUUUGGGGGAAUUAAUGUUUUACAGUGGACAGUAAAAUUGGCACCGUUUUAAAGGGUUUGUCAGCCAAGGUACGUACCACUUGCCAGGGUCAGGGUACAAAAAUCGGAGACAAUCCUCUCCUGGGUGCUCAGGUGAUCAACGGGAUCUAGGCGAGUAUGAGGGAAGACAAGGCACUAAGUGAUUUUCGCUUUGCACUUGUCUUCUUUCUUCACUCUGCACCACACCGCGAGCUCAAUCAACUCCCCUGGUCUGGGGUAAAGGUCUUCCUUGUCCCGAGCUAACCCAGACUAGGUGACCAGCCAUUUCUUGCCCGCAGCGCCAGCCCCAGCAUUACCCAGCGGUACUCCACCGCCCAGGGGGUCUGAGGCUCCGAGGUGACGCGCGACCGCCUACUCCCGGGGAAGGCGGGGCUCGCGCGGGCGGGGCCGAGGAAGUCGCGGGGCUGUCGGUGCCGCCCCCGCCCCCGCGCCCAAGGCGUCCAGCCUGCUCCUUGCGCCUGCGAGCGGCGGUGGCGACCUCGGCUGGUCUCGCGCUGGCGAGGGGUGCUCGGCAGCCCCCGGAACACCUCCCUGGACAGAACAGUGAUCCAUCCCAUUUACAUCAUAAACUUCAAGAACAUACAUGGAAGUCAUGAAAGUGUUACUGCAGUUUUGAAGAGAGACACUAUCUUCCCCAGAGUUACUUCUGGGCUCUUCAUGCAGCCAUGGAUCUGGACAAACCAUCUGUCUGGGGCUCCUUAAAACAGCGGACCAAGCCUUUAUUAGUCAGCUUGAGCAAGAAAAAGGGUAAAAAGCACCCCGACAAACCUCGGGACCUGAGAACAAGGCAUCACCUAGACCGACGCCUCAGCCUGUCUGUCCCUGACCUGCUGGAGGCUGAGGUCUUAACCUUGGAGGGACGACCUUACUCUGGGCCCCAGUCCUCCUACACCUCGGUGCCCAGCAGCCUCUCCACUGCAGGUAUCCUCCCCAAGAGCAGCAGCAGUUCCUUGAAGCAGUCAGAAGAAGAGUUGGAUUGGAGCCAGGAAGAAGUGGGCCAUCCCUCUGUGGUGGAAACGGACUCAGAGGAGGCCCACACCUCUCCUGCAGAUGACUUGAAGACUUCUAGCAGCGACCUCUUCGAUCUGCUCCAGAAAACUCCUGUUGGAGAGGAUGCAUCAGAAGAGCCAGAGAAACUCUGUGGGAGCGGCGAUCUGAAUGCCUCUAUGACAGCCCGGCACUUUGAAGAGCAAUCCACUCUUGGGGAAGCUGGAGAUGCAGGGAGCACCCUCCCCAGCCAUUUUGCUUAUCUGCUCACCAUCCACCUGAAGGAGGGUAGGAACCUGGUCAUCCGAGAUCGCUGUGGCACAAGUGAUCCCUAUGUGAAAUUUAAGCUGAAUGGGAAGACACUGUACAAAAGUAAAGUCAUAUAUAAGAACCUGAACCCAGUUUGGGAUGAGAUCGUUGUCUUACCAAUACAAAGUCUUGAUCAAAAGCUACGUGUGAAGGUGUAUGAUCGAGAUUUGACUACAUCUGAUUUCAUGGGCUCUGCCUUUGUCAUACUCAGUGAUCUUGAACUUAACAGAACGACAGAACAUAUUUUAAAAUUGGAAGAUCCAAACAGCUUAGAAGAUGACAUGGGCGUGAUUGUAUUAAACUUGAACCUCGUGGUAAAACAAGGUGACUUCAAGAGACAUCGUUGGUCAAAUCGGAAACAUUUAAGUUCCAGCAAGUCCUCUUUGAUCCGAAACCUCCGGCUCUCAGAGUCCUUGAAGAAGAACCAACUGUGGAAUGGGAUUAUAAGUAUAACUUUAUUGGAAGGAAAGAAUGUUUCAGGAGGAAGCAUGACAGAGAUGUUUGUCCAGUUAAAACUGGGAGAUCAGAGGUAUAAAAGCAAGACACUGGUUAAGAGUGCAAAUCCGCAGUGGCGGGAACAGUUUGACUUUCACUACUUCUCUGACAGGAUGGGCAUUUUGGACAUUGAAGUAUGGGGAAAGGACAGUAAAAAACAUGAGGAGCGGCUAGGCACGUGUAAAGUGGAUAUCUCCGCACUUCCACUCAAACAAGCCAACUGCUUGGAGCUGCCUCUGGAGAGCUGCCAGGGUUCCCUGCUGAUGCUGAUCAUACUCACACCCUGCACAGGGGUCUCUGUCUCUGAUCUGUGCGUGUGCCCCUUGGCAGACCCCAGCGAAAGAAAGCAGAUCACCCAGCGCUAUUGCUUACAGAACUCCCUGCAAGAUAUGAAAGAUGUCGGCAUUUUACAAGUGAAGGUUUUAAAGGCAGCAGAUCUCUUAGCAGCAGAUUUCUCAGGGAAGAGUGAUCCUUUUUGCUUGUUGGAGUUAGGCAAUGACCGACUUCAGACACACACCAUUUACAAGAACCUCAACCCUGAGUGGAACAAAGUUUUUACAUUUCCUAUUAAAGAUGUCCAUGAUGUUUUGGAAGUGACAGUGUUUGAUGAAGAUGGAGACAAACCCCCUGAUUUUCUUGGAAAAGUUGCCAUUCCCUUGCUGUCUAUUAGGGAUGGACAACCAAACUGUUAUGCAUUGAAGAAUAAAGACCUGGAACAUGCUUUUAAAGGAGUUAUUUACUUGGAGAUGGAUCUCAUAUAUAACCCAGUCAAAGCAAGUAUCAGGACCUUUACACCCAGAGAAAAGCGCUUUAUUGAAGAUAGCCGCAAGCUGUCCAAAAAGAUCUUAUCAAGAGAUGUAGAUCGUGUGAAAAGACUCACCAUGGCAAUAUGGAAUACACUACAGUUUCUUAAAAGCUGCUUCCAGUGGGAAUCUACAUUGAGAAGUACAGUAGCAUUUGUGGUAUUUUUGGUCACGGUCUGGAAUUUUGAACUGUACAUGCUUCCCUUGGCAUUACUGCUUCUCUUUUUCUACAACUUCAUCAGACCCAUAAAAGGGAAGGCUGGCAGCACCCAGGACAGCCAGGAGAGCAUAGACAUAGAUGAGGAGGAGGAAGAUGAUGACAAGGAAUCUGAGAAAAAAGGGUUAAUCGAAAGAAUAUAUAUGGUGCAGGAUAUUGUUUCAACUGUUCAAAACAUCUUGGAGGAAAUAGCUUCUUUCGGAGAAAGAAUUAAGAACACAUUUAACUGGACGGUCCCAUUCCUUUCCUUCCUGGCCUGUCUGAUACUGGCAGUGGCAACCGUCACUUUGUAUCUCAUCCCACUUCGGUACAUCGUUUUAAUCUGGGGCAUAAAUAAAUUUACUAAGAAACUCCGAAACCCCUAUGCCAUUGACAAUAACGAGCUGCUAGACUUCCUCUCCAGGGUACCAUCUGAUGUUCAAAAGGUGCAGUACUCAGAACUGAAAGUCUGCAGUAGCCACAGUCCCAUUCGGAAGAAGCGCAGCGCUCUCUAGGACUCAUCCCAGUUUGGGACACCAGCACCCAGUUCUACUAACGGAUCACGUAGUUGGAUGUUAGUGUCCAGUCAUUGGUACCUGUGUGUGGAAUCUCUUCUGUAUUAAUUAUCUCCCUUCAUGUGCACACUUGCAGACACUUGUGCACACACAGCCACUCAUGUGCAUAUCCACCUGCAUGGGAGCCCUAGGUGCACAGUGUCUUAGCCUAGCAAAAGAAGACCGUCCAGACUAUGGAAGUCUUAACACCCAAUCUCAGUUAGGAAUGGAAGCCAGACUUCCGCGGGUCAGCACAUCCUCCCUGAGAACACCCCAGAGAACAGAACACCUGCAUGGAGAGUAACUUUGAAACUGAACUUGUUCACACACCCCUGGGAAAGUCUCCUUAAAGUUCAUUUCUUUUCACUCCCUACUUCUUUCAGGUUAUUGUUCAUGUGAACCUGCAUUUUUAUCUUCUCUUAGUUAGCAAGUCUUUGGAAAUCAUUUACCCCAAUAAUGUAGACUACAGAUGGAAUUUUUUUUGUAUUAUUAUGAGGAUUAGCUUAAUUAUUUGGGUAUCUUGUGGUGGGUAUUGAACAUCUAUAUAGAAUGUUAUCAGUGACAUUCUGGGUGCUGGGUGCAACCUGCACUAUGGUCCGUUGCUGGCAAUGGAUGUCCCAGAAAGGUCCCUGGGGCUCACUCCCUGGACAAAUGAAGGUUUCAUGAAAAUAUUUGGUUGCCUUAAAAUACUAUUUCUACUGGCUUUUUUAUUUCUUGAUUUUUCUAAAACUCAGAUUUCAACAGUAGAGCUGAGGGAGGGCGAUAAAUAGAUGGAUCCUAAGAAAAUUUAGAAACAUAAAGACCAAGAAGCAAGGGACCCAUAACUAUGACUGUUUUACCUGAUUGUUGCAAUCAGUUCUUUUGUCAGAUUUGGGGACAGAAAGAAAAAGGCAAAAAGAUUUUUAUGAUUGAGGCAUCCAAAUUGAUCUCUUGUUUCUCACAAGAGUAAAAUAAGCUGAUGCAUAAUACAAAUAAAUCUGAACCCCAUUCCUAGAAUGCUGACCAAGGGCUUCCUUUGAGAAAAUCUGGCACACUUAAAAACCCAUUUUGUGCAUAUGUAAAAUGUAUGCAAAUGUAUUUCUGUUUAAGUGAUAUUUGUUUUGUACAGACUAUCUUAUGUGGAUACAUACUUUGUAUGUGCAUUAUAUAUAUAAAUAUGUGUGUGUCCAUAUAUGUUUAUAUGGGCAUGGACAUAUGUGUGUGUGUUGUAAAGAACAGUUUAGGUAAGAAGACUUGAUUUAAAAGUGAGUUUCACCAUGCCCCCCCAUUUGCAAACUGAUACGCUUAAAAAGUAUGUUUAUGAAAAAUGCCAAAGAUUCUAAACCUUAUCAUUUCAUAUCUGUGUUUCUUCAUAUUAUAUCUUCGUGGGUUGCUUUCUGACUGAGCCACAUUUCUGCAUGAUUUGAUUUACUUCAAGUUAAUGAAGCUGGCUGAAAAAGAGCAUUGCAGAAAUUAUAAAAGCUCCAGUAAAUUUCUUAGUUGUACAUAUAAUAGACACCAAAGAACCUCUUUUGUUAAACCAGUUACUCAAUCUUCUGUGUAAACAAUGCCUCAUUGUCUUACUCUCAAGUAUCAUCUAGUUUAUCAUAGUCUGUCGUUUUGUAAUGAUCUAAGUCAGACAUUUUUAAACAGACAUGUGAGAUUAGAUCAGUCAUCCGGAUGAAAACGCGCAGCAGCAAAAUAACCCCUUAUUUACUUAAAAAAGUGGUACCAAUAGUGUUAUUCCUUUUGCUAUAGAAUUUCAAAAAGAAAUGAUUUGUCAAACAAGAGGGUAUCCUUAGUUGGACAUAUUGGCUCUGUAACAUGACAUGAGUUUCUCAUCCCUAAGUUUGGGACAUGUCCCAAUUCAGCUGGAAUGCAGGAACAGGAGCAAAUCAACCUUUAACCAGUGGUAUUUGGGAAACAAUUGUUAACUGAUUAAGUAGAAGCUGCACACUGAAAAUGAGGGUGAGUUUUAAGUGAAAUGCUCAUAUUUGUACAAGGAACGAGACACUUGUAUGAAAGAUUACAGAACACCUUAAAUAAAACUGAUGGAGUGUGGAUUCAUAUAAGCUAAUUAAAGAUAAUUUAGUAGGGAUGUUGAAGUCCUGCCAAGCUCUCCUGGUUUUCCCCUCAGACCUCCCAUACAGUUUGUAGACCUGAAUGACUUACAAACAUCAGUUUACACUGCAGUGCAUCAUAGACUUAAGUUCUCCAUCAGCCAUGUCUUUAAGAAUUUUAACUCCAGGCUGGCAAGAUAGUUCAACUGCUCUGGCAUGCGUAUGACCCUAUGGAUUGACAGUGUCAUAAAAUUUAGGGUUAUAGUUGUGUGCAAGAGAAUGUGUGUCAAAUUACCCACCACAGAAGUCUCUGUAGUAUUACACCAAAAAGGCCCCUCCACCUACCUACUUCCUCUCUGAAUUGCCUCUGAAUACCACCAUAGUUUUCAGAGUCUAAGAAGUCAGUUUUGUUUUUAUUGUUCUUUUUUGAACAUUCAUUUGCUUUAGUUAUUUAUAUUCUGUGCAUGAAUGAAACUACCAGAUAAAACUGUCAGACUAUCUUUCACUUCCUUCCAUUUUGUCCCUAAGGGCAGUAUGCCAUCUUUUCUAAAGACCCAGUAGUAUCCCACCGAGUGUCUAUCACACAGCUUCUGUAUCCAGUUACUUGUU